GCUUUGCUCAUCCUCUCUAUUGGAACAGAGUCUCACUUGUUCACAGAAAUGCAUCAAUGAAUGACCUAUCUGUAUGUUAUAGCCAUUGUUGAGUUAGGUGCUUUUUCUUUUCAACUUAUGAUUUGGUCUUGAAGUAAAGAGGAAUUUUAUGGCCAACUAUUGCACUUUGUGUAUCAUUUGAAUUGACAGUAUCAUAUCACACAACAUUUUUUCUUCUUCCUCUUCAUUGUUGUUAUUAUUACUAGAAUAAUUGCUGGCAUGCAGAAUCCCUUGUGUGCCUGCAUUGAGAGUAGCAUUUGUGGAUGGGCCUAUACCAGAUUCCCAGUGCCUUUAUUGAUUCAGUGAUGACUGAUGAGUGAGAAAAGCCUACCCAACACAAGUUUUUCAAUUUCUGGACCCCCCAAUAAAACUUUCCAGCCAAUUGCACUUAUUUUAAGUUUUAAAUUAUUUACAAUGACCUGUAAAAAAAAAGGACCAUGACUUCUAAAACCAAUAAAAAGUGCCAAUAUUAAUAGAAAAUAAGAAAAAUAUUUUCUUCAUAAUCGAAAACGACAUUAUAUGUUUAUUCUUUGGAUAUAUGAUAUGAGUUUAAACACAUGUUAUCAUGUCCAUCCGCACAGAAGUAUUCCAACUGACGAUAAAGUAAAUUGAGCUGAAACCUAAAGCGCGUGGCCAGUACAGAAAAUAAGAUAAUUCUAAAGCAGAGAAGAAAAAACUAUAAAAAAGAGGCUAGAGUGAAAAAGAACUAAAGUUAUAAUUAAAAGAGAGUGGAGGGAGAUGGUGAGAAUUAGAAUUAAGGAUUGUGUGGCCUGUGGAUGAUUGGUUAGGUCUUUUAGCUUAUAUGCCGACAUUACUGAGAGUCUGAGACAUCUCUGCAAGUCUCCCCUCAUUAUUAUUUUCCCAUCACUUUCUCCCUUCAUCUUUAUCAUCUCUCUGGAUUUUUUUUCACAAGAAGCUACUUUCCUUUCUCGGCCAUGGAAUUGUCCCCUAAUGUGACAGUCUCCGGUGAGUACCAGCCAGACCAACUUGCUUCAUCCAUUCCUGCUGACAUUUUCUCAGCUCAAAGCAUGGAAGUGGAUAUGAGCUUGGAAUGGCUGUCAAUAUUUGUAGAGGACUGUUUAUCAAGCACAGGAAGUUGUCUUCCAGCAGUACCCUCUAGUGUUCAAAACCCAACCUUAAACCCAAAAUUGACCAAAACCCAACAAAACCCAUCUUCCUUGCACAAGUAUGUAGUCCCAGGGAAGGCCAGAACCAAGAGAAAAAGGACAUCCCCAACUGCCAAAACCAAAAAGAAUGAUGCAUUAACUAGUUGGACUCAUAACCUAAACCCACAUAACCAAACUCUUUAUUUCACAUCCUCUGACCCUCCUUUGCUCCAACAAACACAUUGGUUAGCUGACAGUGAACUCAUGAUACCCCUAAAGCAGGAAUCCCCAAACAACAACAUUAGUAACAUAGAAGAAACAAAGGAGUUCAUAGUGGAUGGUCAUAAGGAGACAGAGAAGGAGGAGGUUAUGAUGAGUCUGGAGGGUAAUGAUGGUCGUUGGGGUGUGAUGCAGCAGCAACCACCAAGGAGGUGCACUCAUUGUCAAUCACAAAGAACCCCACAGUGGAGGGCUGGACCAAUGGGUCCAAAGACAUUGUGCAAUGCAUGUGGGGUGAGGUACAAGUCAGGAAGACUAUUGCCAGAGUAUAGACCUGCAAAAAGCCCUACUUUUGUGAGCUUCUUGCACUCCAAUUCUCACAAGAAAGUUAUGGAGAUGAGAAUGGGUAACACUGCCUCCAUUAAUCCUUGUGAGCAGUGACCCUUUUUUGUUGAGUUCCAAUUCCUCCUAUGUAAAUUACUCUAGAUAAGAUCAUUACAUAUUUUAGUGAGAUUAUGGUUGCUCCCCAGUAUUGGCAUCAAAAUUUGGGAAUCAUUUUCUUUUCAGAAUCCA